CAGCACAACCUCAUACUCCACCAUUCAACAGCAGACCAACCCUUCAGGCCAACUUAAUUCCUCUUAGUUGGCUGAUGCUGGGUUCACCAUAAGCCUGCUGAUUCUCAGAGUCUGGUCCUCUGUUCUGCUCUAAUACCCUGAUUCCUCAAAAAUGGCUGGGGGACGAAUGAAAUAUCGCCAUCUUGGCCGCACCUCCUCACACAGACAAGCACUGCUCCGAAACCUCGUCACCUCCCUCUUCAAACACGAAUCAAUAUCUACAACAUGGCCGAAAGCGAAGGAGGCGCAGCGCCUGGCGGAAAAGUUGAUCACGCUCGGGAAGAAGAACACUGAGGCUAGCCGGAGAAGAGCCUUAAGUAUAUUCUUUACACCGCAUGAACUCCUCCCCAAACUCUUCGGACCCCUUCGAGAACGGUACGCCAAUCGACCGGGUGGCUACACACGCGUUCUGCGCAUCGAGCCUUUGAAGAAGGACCAGGCACCUUCAGCGAUUCUAGAACUGGUUGAUGGGCCGAAGGAUAUGCGGUUUGCCAUGACGGCAAGGACGAUAGCUAGGCAAAGGGGCGAGGGAGAGGAAAUGAACGAGAUGACCAAGAGGAACGUCGAGAAAGUCACACGAUUUAGACCUGAUGGGCAGACGGAGUUGGAGAAGAUGGUUGAAAAGUUAAAUGACUUGCAAGUGGGAGAGAGAAAUAAUGCAGUGAGCGCUGAAAAGAGAUGGGGUGGGAAAGUGUAAAAUUAUUUGGAGGCGACACUGUAUUUAUAGAAGCCAUACGAGCGUGUACAAUUGCAUUGAAUGUGGUUUAUUAGGGACUUGGGGGCUGGAUUAGAGCUUCUAUACAAAAUCAAAAGUAUCGCCUUUCUCCCAGAUCAUC